AUGGACCACAAGGUAUCUAAGGACUGUCCGAAGGCGCACAUUGAGAUCGUGGAAGGCGAUUUACAACAGAAUUCCGGGCAAAACAAGACCACCUCCCAGGAAAUCGCAGGAUCAAACACGCCCCAAUUCAAACUGUAUAAACGAAGAUAUUUCGGCGUAGUAGGAAUUGUCUUCCUCAGCAUUUUCGCAGGCGCAAACUUGUCCUGGUUCGGACCGAUUGCAAAUAGUUCAUCACAAACUUUCGAUAUAUCGCUCGACCAAGUGAACUGGCUUGGGAACAUUGUCGGUUGUACAUACCUUAUCGUUACACCAGUCAUUCCUGGUCUGUGUUCACGCUACAAUAUACGGAGAUGCUACGAGAUCGGUGUGGUAUUUCUUGUGAUUUCAGCCUGGGUACGAUUCGCGGGUACGGCACGCUCGCUUUCCCCUCAGGGAGCUUAUGCUCUACUCUUGAUUGGUCAGUUCUUGAGCUCAAUACCGCAGGUUCUCUUCCUGGUCCUUGCACCCACAUUCUCUGAGACUUGGUUUGAUAUGAAGGGCCGCACGACUGCCACGAUGAUUAUGUCAAUCGCAACCCCGGUGGGUAAUGCUGUUGGACAACUUAUCUCGCCUUCGUUACAUGAUACUCGUACCUCUGUAUUGGUCCUGGGAAUUCUUUCGACGGCUGUUGCUCCGUUUGUGUUUCUUGUUGGAGCCAAACCGCCUACUCCUCCUUCGUAUGCAGGAUCUCAAGCAACCCACUCAUUAAUGACCACACUCCGCGCCGUCGUUGGACGUUUGCCACAUCGCCGGUCAAUUCACGAUACAGGUGCUACGAUGGUCCAGGGCGAGACCACCGGUACAUCUAAAGAAACCAAAGAAGCCAAUGUAGAAGUACUAGAUGUAUACAUGACGCUUCGGGAGAGGAUCGACUUUAUAAUGCUCACUCUUGCGUUCACCGGGCUCGUUUCUGGGGUGAAUACGUUCUCGCUCCUUUCAAAUGAAAUAUUGGAGCCAUACGGCUACUCAGAAAGAAUUGCUGGACUCAUGGGAUCCUCCCUUCUGCUUUCGGGACUCGUAGUUUCCUUUACCACGUCCAUGUUAUUUGACCGCGUGCUGACCCACCAUCUCGGCCUGGCUGCCCGAACUUUUGUGCCGAUCGUUGCAGCAGCAUGGCUAGGUCUAAUCUGGGCUGCAAGGCCACACAAUACUGGGGCACUGUUUGCAAUCUUCGUAAUCAUUGGUGUAUGCUCAAUCAGCAUGCUUCCGAUAGCACUCGAGCUCGGUUGCGAACUAACAAGGAAUAGUGGUGCGAGCUCUGCCAUUCUUUGGUUCAGCGCGAACUUGGGUGGGAUCAUUUUCGUCUUAGUCAUGUCCGCUCUGCGUGCUUCUUCAUCCGCAACGCCACCACGUAACAUGCAUCGUGCUUUGAUUUUUAACGGAGCAACCAUCUUCUCAUGUACAAUCCUCAUUCUCUUCUUCCGUGGACGACAACGUCGUCGUGAGAAAGACGUGCUGGUCGCUGGACAUACACUGUAG